UGCCUCCUUCCCUCCUCAUUUUUUAAAUAUCCUUAAUGAACAGGCUAGGAUUGUCUUAUUCAUUGAGCACAGUCCACUAUAAGAAGGUAGCAAAGUCCAAAGGUAGUUGAUCGGAGAGACCGUGAAAAACAGGCUGAAUUCACAGGCUAGGAUUGUCUUGUUUGUUGAGCACAAACCAUGAUAAGGAAGGUAGCGAAGUCCAGAGACAGCUGAUGGGAGAGACCUUGAAACGCAGGCUGAAUUCCUAGAGACAGGGCGGAAACUUGUGAAUAAGCUGCAAGAACGCUGCAUCUCCAUUUCUCUUCAAGAUAUUUUUUCCUCAAUGUCAUCUGCACUGUAUUUCGCCCACAAGGGGAUCCUGUUCCCCAAUAUAGGAUACGAUGUGGAAACAGUCAAGUUUGUGGAAAAUGAAUUCCAACUGUUGGACGACGAUGUACUAAACGUCACUUAUCCAAAGUCAGGUACCAAUUGGAUGCAGGAGAUCUUGGGCUUAAUCUGGCACAAUGGGGACCCAUCAUGGGUUCGCAGCUCGUUUGCGUGGGACCGGUCACUAUGGAUAGAAACUACUGAUGGUAUGAAGAUUGCCCUGGCAUCUCCUCCACCCAGACUCAUGGCUUCUCACCUGCCAUUCCAGCUUUUCCCCAAGUCAUUUCUCCAGACCAAGGCUAAGGUGAUCUAUACUCUGCGGAAUCCCAGGGAUGUGCUGGUCUCACUUUACUACUAUUCCAAGUUUUUCAAGGGAAACAAGGAUCCUGGGACUGUGGAAGAGUACCUGGAGGAAUUCCUUAGCGGGAAUGUGACCUAUGGUUCUUGGUUUGACCAUGUGAAAAGUUGGCUGGAGUUGAAGGGGAGACCCAAUGUCUUCUUCAACAGUUAUGAACAGAUGCAGCAGGACCUGCGAGGCAGUGUGGAGAAGAUCUGCCGUUUCCUUGGGAAGGAGCUGAAUAGCCAGCAAAUUGAUUCUGUGGUGGAAAAUGCCUCCUUCCAGAAGAUGAAGGACAACCUGAAGUCUAACUUCACCACAAUGUCAGAUGAUGCUUUUGACCACAAGAAAGGGAAGUUAUUGAGGAAAGGAGACAGAGAUGCCUCAUCUGUGUGGGCUGCUAAAUGCCUGAGAAGAGGAUGGCCAUUACCCAGCACCCAGAUGAUGACUGUGUCAGCCCCAUUCAGGCAUCUGGGAGGAGCUCAUUCUACAGCCAGGGCAGCCACCACUGAGAAGGCCCUCUCCCUUGACACCACCUCCUGAUCCUCCCUUGGAGGUGGAACUCAGGUGUUGAUCAUAGCGCACUUAGGCAGACCUGUCCAGAAAGGAACCUGCAAAAUGUAAGAUGAAUCAUAUCUGUUGAAUUUUUGAAG